UGCUGCCUUGGAGGCGAAAGAACUGCUGGCCGUCAGCCCUCCUCUGGUUGCGCCGAGCAUCCUGGGAGGUGUGGUCCGGGGGCAGUACUCUGGGUAAUGUAGUCCCGGGCCUUGCAGUAGUAGCUCUCCAGCUGGUGUCGGGACUGACCCCUUGUUCUUUGAUGGCGCUGGCACACAUGGCAUUCAGAGAUGUGGCUGUGGAUUUCACCCAAGAGGAGUGGGUGCUGCUGAGCCCUGCUCAGAGGUCCCUGUAUAAAGAGGUGAUGCUGGAGAACUACAGCAACCUGUUGUCACUGGGAAUUCCAUUUUCUAAACCCCAACUCAUUACCCAACUGGAACAAGGGAAUGAAACCUGGAGAGAGGAGAGAAAAUGCCCACCUGCCACCUGUCCAGCAGAACCAAAGCCAGAACUCCACCUCUGUCCUUUCUGCCCUCCAGAUUUCUCCAGUCAGAAGUUCAACAUGCAGCAUGUGCUUUGCAGCCACCCGCCCUGGUUCUUCACGUGUUUCUGCGCAGACAGUCAUGUCCAGACAGGGGGUUCAUGCCCAGGAGACCAGAAGCAGCAGCCAUGUGUUUCUGAUCAGAGUUCCUGGAGUGAUAAGGCAGAGGGUGAAGAGAGAGAAGGUGCCAUGCUUUUGUUUGAAAAGGCAAAGAAAAGGACUUUAGGAGCAUUCUCCAGGCCACCCCAAAGGCAACCCAUUAGCGCCAGGAAUGGCAUUGGAGGGGUGGAAAUAGAGACAAGUGCAACUCAGACAGGGAACCCUGAGGACACGGACAAACUGCUUAAAAGGAUAGAAGUCUUGGGAUUUGGAACAGUCAAUUGUGGAGAGUGUGGACUAGGCUUCAGCAAGAUGACAAACUUGCUUAGUCACCAAAGGAUACACUCUGGGGAGAAGCCUUACGUGUGUGGGGUAUGCGAGAAGGGAUUUAGUCUAAAGAAAAGCCUUGCCAGGCACCAGAAGGCACACUCGGGGGAGAAGCCUAUUGUUUGCAGCGAGUGUGGACGAGGAUUUAACCGGAAGUCAACCCUCAUUAUACACGAAAGGACACACUCAGGUGAAAAGCCCUAUAUGUGUAAUGAGUGUGGACGAGGUUUUAGUCAGAAGUCAAACCUCAUCAUACACCAGAGGACACACUCAGGAGAGAAGCCCUAUGUGUGCCGGGAGUGUGGGAAAGGCUUUAGCCAGAAGUCAGCUGUCGUUAGACACCAGAGGACGCACUUGGAGGAGAAGACCAUCGUGUGCAAUGAUUGUGGACUAGGUUUCAGUGACCGGUCAAACCUCAUCUCACACCAGAGGACACACUCUGGAGAGAAGCCUUAUGCCUGCAAGGAGUGUGGACGAUGCUUUAGGCAGAGGACAACACUUGUCAAUCACCAGAGAACACACUCAAAGGAGAAACCUUACGUGUGUGGAGUAUGUGGGCACAGCUUUAGCCAGAAUUCAACCCUCAUCUCACACAGGCGAACACACACUGGGGAGAAGCCUUAUGUGUGUGGGGUGUGUGGGCGAGGCUUCAGCCUGAAGUCACACCUCAACAGACACCAGAACAUACACUCAGGGGAUAAGCCUAUUGUGUGCAAGGACUGUGGGAGAGGCUUCAGCCAGCAAUCAAAUCUUAUUAGACACCAGAGGACACACUCAGGGGAAAAGCCCAUGGUAUGUGAGGAGUGCGGGCGAGGUUUCAGCCAAAAGUCAAACCUCAUUGCACACCAGAGGACACACUCAGGGGAAAAGCCGUAUGUGUGCCGGGAAUGUGGGCGAGGCUUCAGUCACCAGGCAGGGCUCAUCAGGCACAAGAGGAAACACUUGAAGGAGAAGCCUUACAUGUGCAAACAGUGUGGACUAGGCUUUAGCAAUAAAUCAGCUUUAAUCACGCAUAAACGGGUACACUCAGAAGUGAAGCCUUGUGUAUGCAGAGAGUGUGGCCAAGGCUUUAUCCAAAAGUCACACCUUGUCUUACAUCAGAUGACACACCAAGGGGAGAAAACUUAUGUGUGCAAGACAUGUGGGCAAGGCUUCAGCCAGAAGUCUCACCUCAUCAGACACAGGAAGAUGAAAUCUGUUCAUCACAGAUCACCACUGCAACUAGACUCUGAGGCCUAUUCAGAGCAGUCUUCUGACCCGUUACACUCUCUUUGAAAGUGAAGCUGGUCAAAAGGACUAAAUUAUCAGAAUUUUUACAUUUUCAUAAAAUGGAGUAAAAAGAAAAAGCAUUCCAUAAGGGGUCAAAGAACAUUUGACUUGGUUUACUUUCUCCAGACUAAGUCUUCUCCAUCUUUUGUGGCCUUUUGUUCUAAUAAACUUUGCUUCUUUAUAAAUCUGUAAA